AUGACUCUUACCAUGAUUCAAACCUCAACCGAGUUCGAAGCGGAUCAGCUCUACAACGCCAUUCACUACUCAGAUUUCGCCUAUGACUACACAACGGCGGUUUCAGCCUAUUUGAAAGACUUUCCUGCUCUCCCCUCCGUUCCGACCACCGAAUACUCCUACGCACCAACCUCAAUACCUACUUGGUGGCCAGACUUCACGCACAGUACACUUUUGUCAGACAUGUCUUAUCCAGUCUCACCAAGAGAGUUGAAAUCUCUGAUCGAAGCCGAAUUACACCAAGGUCUCACGCAGUCAGCUAUCCUCCAGCACUGGAUGAAGAGAUCUGGGAGCGAAAUCCCGCUUGGCAGUGCCGCUGCAGCCGCAGCACUCCAAGACGCUAUCAUCGUGGCCUCUGAUGCCGAGUGGUACGAGCACGAUGACCAUUUCAUCACGGAACUCGGAAUAUCUGUUCUCGAUCCGCGUUCCGUGCCACAACCAUUUUCCUCAUCACCAUGGGGUAUUCUCACCAGCAUGGAGAACUACCACGUGCGCAUCAAGCCCCACGCACAUCUCACCAACAAAGACCUCUGCGAAGGGCAUCCAGAUGCCUUUCAAUUCGGCAGCACAACCUUUGUCAGCGUGAAAGAAGCGAAAGAAAUGCUGCGCAGCAUUUUCACUCGCCGAGACAUAUACGGUAACCUACGUCCAAUAAUCUUCGUAGGCCACGCCGUCUCAAACGACUACGAAGUCAUAAAAUCGCGCUUUGGUCUCGACCUUGAAGAAAUCGGCACCAUCGUCGCAACAAUCGACACACAAGUGCUGGCCGUAGAGCACGGCCUCGUAAACCCAUCCCGCAAAAUCCGCCUUGCACAUCUCCUCGCCGAAUACGACAUCAAAGAACCAUACCUUCACAACGCCGGCAACGACAUCGUAUGCACCAUGAUCGCCGCCUUCCUCAUGCUUUGUCCACCCCCUGAAGCCCCGCUCAAUAAGUUGCAUUACGUAGACCUCAAAGCGCAACUCCACAAUGCGGGCCAAACCGCCAUCAAAGAAGGCCGCGGAUAUGGCGUCACGCGCUUUUGUGAGAAGUGUGAUUCUCAUCACCACACCGCACCGUAUUGCCGUAAAUGCAUUAAUGUAGUUAAGCAGGCUGCGCUGAUCAAGAAACAGGGUAGCAUGGGUUAUGGACAGGGCGGGUCGAAGCGCUCGAGUAGUCCUAAUGCUGUGCCGUCCUUGUUCUCUUGCGUCUUCGACGCACUACCGCUGCUUGCCGACAAGCUUCAGCAUCUCUACACGCCUGUGUUACCUCAUCGACCUGUCUCAGCGUUCACAGUCAUGUCUUACCGCGCCUUUCACGACAUGCCCACCGAGCUUAUCGAGGCCGCCGCAGGCUAUAUGGACGACGCAGACCUUCUGUCCUUUCGCUUGACAUGUAGACAUGCAGACGCGAAGACUCUACGCGUAGUCGGCAAGCGCUUCUUCUCCAGCCGCAAGACUACUCUGAUGGCGUCCGAUCUCGAAAAGCUCGACGACGUCUCUCGAAGUGCGCGACUAGCCAAAUACGUUAGGAACAUCCGGAUCGAAGACGACCAACUGGAGGUUGUAUCAUCUAUGCCCUCGGACGAAGGCAACUGUCUAGCUCCAGGGGAGCUGAUGAUAUUGAGAGCGAGGCAUUGCAGAUGGCUGGACGAAACAAUGGUCGUCCCUGAGGUAGACAAGACCGCCGUUGCCAAAUUGAAGGCCAUACUCGAGGAACGCCUUUUGUCUCUGGAUACCCUUGCUAUUCACUACUCUGACACUAGAGAUGUGGAGAAAGCUACAGAAGCUACCGUCGCUCUCGCUCAAGAGAUCGUUCUAGACGGGAAACUUGCCAGUACCGCAUUCUCAGUCUACCUCAGUUCCCGAGGGCUUUCCUGGGUAGGAGCCGUCUUGACUCUGUACUUUGAUCGAUCCCGAGAAGGCUUGGAUAACAGACUGCUUCAGAAUGUGGGAAUGCAGCUGUUGUCUGGUGGGCCUCCGUUGGACUACCUACUUACCAGAGUUUCUCAGUGGACGCGAAGGUUGGGAGAUCUCCGAAUGGAGUGCUCAGGACCGCAAUACGCCCUACUUGUCAACCUCGUGCACCAAGGAAGGUUCCUGCCCAAGCGGACGAUCCUGCGGUUUUCGUCGUCAAAGGCGUUUCGUCAAAUUCGCAGAACAUCCUGA